AGGUGCGUGGAUGGAACGGAGGCUCGUGCAAUUUGAUAUCCACAUACCAUCAGUCGUUCUCUUUCAUCAUUUCAGAUUCGAUACAGACGUCAUUUAGGAUUUACUCCAUUUCUCCCCAUUCAUGAAUUAUGAUUUGACAAGGAACUGACGCGUUCUUCCUCUUAGUGCAAAGGAUAGCUUCCAGGGAUCUCCAUGCCUUCCAGCCCUCUGCAGCAGUCAAACAUGGGAAAGUGAGAGUCUGCACCUCUCGUCUCAGGACAGUCACCUGCAGCAGUCCGCCUGCCAGCCGUUCGUCCGUCUGUCCAUUUGUCUGUCCCUUUACCUGUCAGUCCGUCCAUUUCUCCGUCUGUCGCCAUGAAGGGCCUAUCCAGCAGUCGGAGUCACCACCACAUGAUGAACUAUGACCCCUCUUAUGACGCCCUAGCCCACCAUCCUGACAGGAAGCCAUACCUGAUUGGCCAGAUGGACAUGCCCAUCCCCAUGCCCCUCCCCCACCCAUCAGACAACCCCUACUACACCCAGCGCUCAGGCUACCAAUCAGAGAGCAGCGUGGUGCCCUACGGAACCUUCCCCCGCCGCUAUCACAGCUCCUCCCACCAAGAGCUGAAGGACGAAUGCAACGCCGUCGUGCCCUACGGAGGGGGGAUGGCCCCCAACAAGGUCCCCACCCGCCUGCCCAUCAGCAUCAUGGAGCAGUUUGAGCGCCAGCCAUCGUUGGCGAGGGACGGCUACCACACGCUGCAGUACAAGAGGACAGCCCUGGAGCAGCGAGGUGGCGUCGGAGGCGUCGGAGGCAUCGGGGGGUACGGGGGGAUGACUUUUGCCGUGGCGGGCGGGAACAACGACAGCCCAGGUCGAAUACGUCACCUGGUCCACUCAGUGCAGAAACUGUUCACCAAGUCUCACUCCCUGGAGGGGACGCACUUACAGUCGACCAAGGGCAGUGUGAACGGCAGCCGGGCCAGCACGGACGGCGACACGCCCACCCUGCGCCAGCGCAAGCGCAGCAAGAGCCGCGAGCGCUGCCGCUCGGCCGAGCCCAAGCACCGGGGCCACGCCUCGGGCUACUGGAGCUCCGACGACAACCUAGAACGGGAUGCCUACAUGUACCGAAGCCCCGCCCCUUCGCCGAGCGCCAUGACGAUGGGCCGCCUGCACGGGCCGGACAAGUCGCAGUCGCAGUAUUUCAUGGACGCCUACAGCUCGCUGAGUGAGCAGGCGCUCAAACCCUCGCGCAGCAACAACGACGUCAAAUGUUCUUCUUAUGUACCAUCCAAUAGCCUGGUCCCCCUGGGACUGGAUGGGCCAAUGGUGAAGAAGAGCUCGUGGUCGUCCAGUCUCACGGUGAGCAGGGCUCGUGAAGUCUACCAGAAGGCCUCGGUUAACGUAGGCCUAGAUAGAGCGCUAGUGAAAUCUAAGGCUUGUCAACAGGAGCGCUCAUGCCAGUUCUUGCAGGUCCCUCAGGAUGAAUGGAGCAGCUUCACGCCCCUGGGGAAGGAGGACGACAUACCGUGCCGGCGUAUGCGCAGCGGCAGCUACGUCAAAGCUAUGGCCGAGGAGGAGGACAGCGGGGACUCCGAGGGCAGUCCCAAACCCUCGCCCAAGGUCCAGGCUCGCCGCGCCAGCUACCUGAAAGCCACUCAGCCCUCGCUGACCGAGAUGACCACACUACACCUCGCCCAGCUGAGCCAAGACGAUCCCAACCCUAACCUCCCCCAACAUUUCCUCAGCCCAGCUCCAUCCUAUCUCUCCCCUGCCCAGCCCAGGAUCUCCAGUGAACACUCUCCCAAGCUGCAGAUCCGGAGUCACAGCUACCUACGGGCGGUGAGUGAAGUUUCCAUCAAUAGGAGCCUGGACACCCUGGACCCCAAAACGCUCCUGGACCCCAAAAGCCUGCUGUCCUCCCCCCAAUACCGCUCACGAAACGAGAGCUACAUGAGGGCUAUGAGCACCAUCAGUCAGGUGAGCGAGGUGGAGGUGAACGGGCAGAUCGAGGAGGUGUGCGCGCAGGUCUUCAGCGAGAUGGAGUCCCAGGCCAUGGAUGCCCUGGACCUGCCCGUGCCCGGAUGCUUCCGCAUGCGCAGCCACAGCUACGUGCGCGCCAUCGACCAGGGCUGCUCCCAGGACGAGGAGGACGGCCUGCUGCUGCCCUCCUCCCCCCCGCGCACCACCACCACGGUCAGGACCAUCCAGAGCAGCACAGUGUCCUCCUGCAUCACCACCUACAAGAAGACCCCUCCCCCCGUACCGCCCCGCACCUCCACCUGUUCCUCCUCCUCCCCACUGGCGGCCCUGUCCUCCAAGCCCUUCAUCUCCAUCACAGCCCAGAGCAGCACAGAGUCUGCUCAGGACGCCUACAUGGAGGGCUCCGGCCACCGCGGAGACAUGACCAUCCAAUCAGCCCUCAGCAACUCCACGGAGAGCAUCGACAGCAUGAAGGCACUCACGGCCGCCAUAGAGGCCGCCAACGCACAGGUCCACGGUCCGGCCAGCCAGCACGUCAGUAACAGCACCAUCACCAUCUCCACCACGGCUGCUCCUGCCCUGGCCAGAAGCCCGCAGCUCUCUGACGACCCCAGGAAGGAGGCCCUCCACAAGGGCAGGUGCCUCUCCAUCGGAAUCCAGGUGGACGGGCCAGAGGAAGUUCUAGACUUGGAUGACCAGUCCAAGUUCCAGUCUGUUGGGGUGCAGGUGGAGGACGAGAGGGGAUACCGCCGGUUCAUGCGCUCCAACAGCGUGACAGCAGCGGUGCAGGCAGACCUGGACUUCCCGGAGCUGCUUGACAGCCCCCCUCUGCUGGACUCCCCUGACACGGACCUCCCCUCCCUGCCCUCCUCCGGCUGCGUGUCACAUCAGUACUCCCGGGAUGCCGCCACCUCCACCGUCAGCAUCCAGGGCUCGGGGAACCACUACCACGCCUGCACCUCGGACGACUACGAGGACGUGGUGGGCUUCGACCCCUCCAUCCUGCCCCCGCCGGACCCCUGGAUCGACAGCGUGACCGAGGACCCCCUGGAGGUGGUGCAGAGGGUGGCACAGGUGUGUCAGAGGGACGGCCGCUGGUUCUUGAAGCUCCUGCAGGCAGAGACAGAGAGGAUGGAGGGCUGGUGCAGGCAGAUGGAGGUGGAUGAACAGGAGAACGACCUGCCUGACGACAUCCUGGGGAAGAUGAGGAGUGCAGUUGGGAGCGCCCAGCUCCUGAUGUCUCAGAAGUUCCAACAGUUCAGAGAGCUGUGUGAAGAGAACCUGAACCCCAAGGCCCACCCGAGGCCCAUCUCCCAGGACCUGGCCGGAUUCUGGGACAUGCUCCAGCUCUCCAUCGAGAACAUCAGCCUCAAGUUUGACGAGCUGCACCAGCUCCGAGCCAACAACUGGAGACCCCUGGAGCCCCCCCCGGAGAGGAAGGAGAGACGGGUCCCUCCCCCUGUGCCAAAGAAACCCACUAAAGGCCACCCGCCCCUGGCCCGUGAUAGGUCGCUGGAGAGCUCGGAGAAGCAGCGCCAGGACGCUCGUAAGCGUCUGAUGGCGGCUAAGCGGGCGGCGUCAGUGAGACAGAACUCUGCUACUGAGAGCGCAGACAGCAUUGAGAUCUAUAUCCCUGAGGCCCAGACCAGGCUAUGAGCCCCGACACACACACACAAACACAGCAUGCACACACACGCACACAAUCAUACACGCACACUGAGGGAAUUAAGUCAUAUCACAAAUAGGGUAUCUACAUACUUUGUGUAUAAAAUACACACAUACUCGCAGAUGCACACCGUGAAAUCACAAAAAUAUAUUCACACAAAAACGAAGGCACUUAUAUCACACGCACACACACACACACACACGUAUACACACACUUGUGGUGGUGUCACCUAUACACCAGUGGGUACGUGCAGGGUAUUUGUAUUAUAACCACGUAAGAAGAUAGAGACAUGUCAUUGCCCAUUCUACUUUUCUCUUUCAUUCUCGCUCACUGGUUCUAUCCUGAUCCUGACUCCAUCCACCUGUCUUCCCCAGACCCUCACCCGAGGACCCGCUCAUAUGUCAUUCGUUCUUAUAGAGAAGUACACCACUAGUAGAGAUCCCACCUGUGUCAAAUAGGCCUUUUUGCGAAAUGUACAGCCUUCUUAAUCACUUCAAACAAAGACAAGUGAUAAUGUCUUGAAAGGAAAGCAAAUAAGUAUGUUUGGCUAUUGGUUCUGUGGGUGUUUGUGAUUUUAUCUACUUACGGACCCGACUGAUUCCCUUCACUUGGUCUCAUGGUCAUCCUUCUCAUUUAUUGGUUCGGUUGUAACAUAAUUGGUACAUAGAAACAGGGUAAAUGAUGCUGAAGCAAUAUUCCUCUGCAUUAUGAACAAGUGACCAUGUCAACAGCUGUUCUUUGAAACAUACGUUUUUUUUCCUCAUUUACGAAGAUCAGUGAUUGGUGAUGCAAAAGGAUGCCUUGUUCUUCUCCGUAGCCAUAUCUGUGUGUUUAAUAUGAUGAUUCAGUCCACCUGUACUUGUGAAGACUUAUCUAAACACUCAUUCUACAGAAAUGUUUUGGAUUUCGGAAUAUUAUAUUGAUUAAUGGGUCAACCAGAGACUAAUAUAUCGUUUGAUACAUGUUGAUGAAUUCCAUUCAAAAUGUUCUUCUGUUUAGUUGAGUGGGCGUCUGGAGUGGGUUUGUAUAAGUGAUGAUUCUUGUGUCUGUUUAUGAAGUACCAAAAGAGACACAAUAGACACCUCCUAAAGGCAAGUUUUCUUUAUUGUUUUCUUACAUUAACAAUUGAUUUCCAGUAGCAAGUUCAGUGGCUUAAUUUUCUUAGAGAACUCUGUUGACGUUUGCUAGUCCAAUCCUUAUUGGGUGUGAUGCUGCUGGAAGACCAUGUGACCUGCUUCGUCCUAUCACGUGGUUGAGCUGGCUCUGUGUUAUUUCUCAGGAAGAGAUGGGAAUUAAGUUUGUUAAAUCAGGGUCUCCCAGUGCUGGUGGUCUGUGUGUGUGUGUGGGUGGGUGUGUGUCUGUGUGUGUGUGUCUGUGUGGAUGAGUGCAGGUCUCUUAAAGUGCUUCCUAUUAUCCUCGGUUGUUAUGUUGGCCUUUCCUCAAUACGGUCAAGUAGCCUCAUGGACACACUGUACAGAGUCAAAUAGCCACUUGUACUUGAAAAUUGUCAUUUGUGUUUGUACAGAAAUCAUUAAUGAAAAUAUUCCUGUACGCAUGCAGGCACAAUAUUAGUAUUACAAAUCUAUAUAUAAUUUCCACUCAUGUAUUGGUUUGUAUUUAUUUUAUUGAUUUAUUGAUUUUUUACUGUUUGGAUUUAAGUGGUCUGUCAUGCUAUUUUGACUUUAUGUUGUAUUGUAUAAAAAUGAUUGUGUGCAUA